AAGCAACAAACCAGCUAACUAACAGGGUGGGGGCGCUCUGGGACACCCGCAUUCACUGGUCGGUGUGUCCCGCCGUCGAUGGUGGGCGGCGCGUAGUGAUCCGCUCUGCCCGCCCCUGUCGCUGGCGUCGGAGGUCCCGGAAGCGUAGCCGGGACUGUUGGCGAUGAUGGCGGAGAGUCCGGCUGCUGAGGAGGCGGCUGCGGCCGCGGUGCUGACGGCCUCGCCGGGUGGCGGCGGGCCGGGAUCCGGAGCGGGCGGCGGGGCACCGAAUGUGUUACUGCCGCCCGACCUGUGGGCGGUGACGGGGCUCGGCUCGGCCGGAGGCGGAUCCGGAUCGGGGUCCGGAGCAGGUUCUGGUGGGACCUCGGUGCCCGGCAUCCCCUCCGCCGCCGCCGCCGCGGCCGCCGCCGGGAUGCUGCUCUCGCACUCGACCUUCUGGGACCCCACGACCAGCGGCGACUGGGACGGAGAGAGGCCGAGCGCUGCCUGCCUGCUGCGCAUCAAACGAGAUAUCAUGUCAAUUUAUAAGGAACCACCACCUGGAAUGUUUGUUGUGCCUGAUCCUCAUGAUAUGACCAAGAUUCAUGCGUUGAUCACAGGCCCCUUUGACACGCCUUACGAAGGGGGUUUCUUCUUGUUCCUGUUUCGCUGUCCUCCAGAUUAUCCCAUCCACCCGCCGCGGGUCAAACUGAUGACAACCGGGAAUAACACAGUGAGGUUUAACCCUAACUUCUACCGCAAUGGGAAGGUCUGCCUCAGUAUUCUUGGCACGUGGACCGGUCCAGCCUGGAGUCCUGCACAGAGCAUUUCUUCAGUCCUUAUAUCCAUACAGUCUCUAAUGACGGAGAACCCCUACCACAACGAACCCGGCUUCGAACAGGAGAGACAUCCAGGAGACAGUAAAAACUACAACGAGUGCAUUCGGCACGAGACCAUCCGGGUCGCCGUCUGUGACAUGCUGGAAGGGAAAUGCCCCUGUCCGGAGCCUUUACGGGGAGUGAUGGAGAAGUCCUUCAUGGAAUAUUAUGAUUUUUAUGAGGGAGUGUGCAAAGAGAGGGUCCAUCUCCAAGGACAGACAAUGCAGGAUCCCUUUGGCGAGAAGCGAGGACACUUUGACUAUCAGUCCCUCCUAUUGCGCUUGCAAGGAAUCCGCCUGAAGGUGCAGGAGAAACACCAGCAGGAGAACCUGGACAUAGACUCAGAAAGCAGCUCCUCCGAAACGGAGACAGACACUCAAGGGAGCAUUAAGGCUUAGAUGCCUCCCACCUGAUUGCUUGAGGACUCAAGAUGUGGGAGUGGGAUCUUCUGAACUCCAGGCAUUGUGGAGGUCCCUGGAGAGACCCCAAGAACCGGUCUGGUUCCAGAGUGGAGAAAACGUGGGUUGGAGAUGCACCCUUUUGAUUGCCUCCUUCAGUGCUCUGGUACAUGCUGUUAAAAAGAGGAUUUGAUGCUAAAAUUGGACUGAGCUUGUGAUAGGCUAUAUUUUCAAAAUGGUUUUUUCUCUGCUGGAGAUCAAUGAGCGAAUGGCAUAAAGGCGUUCUGGAAGAGCCUGUGAUGGGUGGAUUUCUGUCCCCCCACCCUCGAUUCUAAAAGAGCAUGAGGGAGAGCAUGACUCUUCAUUCCGCCGUCUUUGUUUCAAAACAUACUGCUUAUUCCUAGCCCCUCCCUUCCGGCUUGCCUCCCCGCAAUCCAAGUCUGUUAAAGCACUUUUGACAGUUCAUGUAACAAGAGUCCCCUUUUUCGUAUUUGCCUCAUUGUCGCUUCCCAGUCGGGUUGGUAUUGCCUGUCCUAGACAGACCAAAGAGGAGGAGCUUCUGCUGGAACUGGGCUUUAUGGUGAUUAUUAAAAAACAAAACAAAAUCAAAGCUUUACUCAAUUCUUGAGCUCCUCUCCCCCUUCUCCCCCCUUCCCCCCCCUCCCCACGGAAUCCAGGCAGGGAUGGAUUAAAAGACAAGCCAGAACGAUGCUAAAUUUAAAUGUUUUGACCUUGGGAGCAACCGACCAUCAGCCUUCCAAAGGUUGAACUUUUUCAUGUUAAACAUUAUUUUUUCCCCGUGGUUCCAGGGAGGUGAAGUCAUUGAUUCCCCUUUCCCCCACCCCCCUACAUUGCAUAUACCUUUGGGGAAGAUUUCGCUUGCAAGGGCAAGCGACGGAGGAGAAGCAGUCCUGUACUCUGGAUGACGUUUGCAAGAGGAAAGAGCAAGUAUACAUAAUCGCAACAACAACAACAAAAAAGAGCUGGUUAAGGAGUUUGUGGAUGACAAAAAGAUGCAAGUAAUGGAUGAAACUGGGUCAGUGUCAGUCUAUGUCAUAUUGUAAGCCCGGGGAACAAACAGAAACUGUUGAAAUGCUCUGUUGACAGACUGGGUCUUGUUUUGAUGAGAGUCUCGGUCGAAACUGGAGUUGUGCGUGCGUGCGUGCGUGUGUGCCUGCCUCUCAAAUCUUCCAUAAAUCCCUUCUCUCCUAUCAUUUCAUCAUGGAAUAGAUACAAAGGCUGCAAUUGGAAGGAGCUGCCUUUUGGAGGUUUGAAUGGUGUCUGUCUGUCUGUAAACAUCCUCCCAGCUGGCAUUUUAUUUUAUUUUUAUUUUUAAAGGUCCAGGUGUUUCUAGGUGGAAAGGUCCAGAAACUUGGUGAGCGUGUUUCCCCCCUUUCUUUUUGGGCUUCUAGCCGCUGCUUCAAGCCUUUUGAAAACUGGAAAAAUGUGCCCAAUCCAAAGGUUGCCCGGUGCGGGUGCUUUUAGCAGGCAGAUACGGUAUAUCGGCCAGGCCAAUAGGAGGGAUUACGUUCUGCCAGCCCAGUAACACGUCUGGAACCAGACAGGUAACCCCAGGUGUGCUAGUAGGCCCUGUUUAUCUGGAGACCAGGCAGCAGGCAUGCCACCUUCAAACUGUUCUCGCUCCAUUCCACACCAUGGAGCAGGAGAAUGUGCUGCUGCUUAAAAUAAUUCUGGAGCUUUCCUAUGAGCAAAAGUUAAUUUCUAUACAUUGGUUUUUGGGAGUGAGAUGGGAUUUGGGGAGUAAAAUGGGAUUCUCUCUCUCUUCUACCACCACCACAAGGAGAAUAGAAGCCCCCGGGGGGGGUUCUGAAUAGCUUGGGGCAAUCCAAUAAAAAGUAUAAUGCAACUUUGCAGGUAAGAUGCCUUGUGGAGGGGGUGGGAUGAAUUGUAUCAUGUUAAUUUUAAUCUCAUUGGGUGCAAUCCGGCAAAACGUCCGAUGUGUUUAACCCCCAUUGAAAUCAAAGAGACUUGAGUGCACAGUUAAUCUUUUAAGUCCCACUGAAAUCAGUAGGACUCAGGUCGGCCUUAUUUUCUCUGGUCUGUGCCAAUUGUAUACAUUUGGCUUUCCCCAUGCUAUAGUCACCAAGGCUAGGAGUCCUCCAGUAUCGGAGUACCUGUGAUUUCAGAGAUCUUAAUUCCAGAUGCAUGUUGGCUGUUGAACCAUUGCGUACAUUUCUUUAGAACAAAACAAAACAUGAAAAUGCCUUAUGUGGUUGUUUCUGUUUCACACGGCUCGCAUGUGGAUGUAAGAAAAAAAAAAGGAAUGGUUUUCUAGCUGCCCAUAGUCAUCUGUUUUCUGAAUGUUUUCCAUUUCAAAAAGUGACAAUCCUAGAUGACUGAUCUAGACAAAUGUUUAGUGACAGAAUUUUAGGCCUAACAAGCUAAAAAUAAUAAUAAUAAUAAUGCACAAGGGUCUUCAAAUACAGAAACCUUGUUUAUAUACAGUUGUACAUAAAGGGUUUUUUUGUGCAAUAAAGUUUGUUUUGGCAGAA